CGCAUGCAACUCACAUUAGAAAGUUAGUGACGCUCUCGAACACCACAGACAGCAACACAAUGCUGCUGGCAGACAUUUGUGCAUGAAUUAAUCCUGACAUCAUAUUUCAGAGUUCAUUGGUGGGCAACUUUAUGUAAAAAUCUACAGUUUGGUUGGACAGAAACAGAAUGACCUCUACUUUGGAGAAUGCUAUUCCGCAUGCUAAAAAUGUAGUUAUCUACAGAAAUGGGGAUCCCUUCUUCACUGGGCGGAAACUAGUAGUGAAUCAACGUCAAUUCCUAACCUUUGAGGCUUUUCUGAAUGAAGUCACCAGUGACAUUCAGGCACCUGUUGCUGUGAGGAACCUUUACACCCCAAAACAUGGCCACAAAGUGCAGGAAUUAGAAGAACUCCAGAAUGGGUGUCACUAUGUAGCAGGUGGCUUUGAAAAGUUUAAGAAAGUUGACUAUUCCAACACAACAGGAAAGAAACAUACUGCAACCCAGAAAAAAGAUGGAACAGAAAUAAGAACAGCUUCCAACAGACCAUCAGAUUCUGCACGUUGGAGAAAGCACCUUCCAAUUCCAUGUAUUAUCAAUGUAUUUAGAAAUGGAGAUUUACAGAGCCCUCCAUUUCGAUUACUUCUGCCAAAGAAGAUGCUGAAAGAGUGGGAAAUGGUUCUGAGCAUGCUAACAGAAAAGGCUAACCUGCACAAUGGGGCUGUCCGGAAACUUUGCACUUUAGAAGGUAUUCCAGUCAUGAGCGGUGACCAGUUGGAGAGUGGACACUAUUAUGUAGCAGUUGGCAUGGAAAAGUAUAAGGACCUUCCAUAUGUUGAACUCCUGGUGUCCAAAAACUCAAGACGUAAUAUAAUCAGAAACCACCAAGCUACCAGGCACAAUGACCAUAAAGAUGAGAUUCGAAAAUCAUACACUAUAUCACAGGAUGGAGCUAGUGAUACUGCCCUUUUGGAAACGCGUGAAAAGCAGCCUGACAGCAGACGAGUACAGUCAACAGGAGCAAAUGAUGAAGCUGGAAUCCUCAUCUCUCCCCAACCAGUGCGAAGAAACAGAAAAAAUGCUAGCAGUGAAGAGGAGUCUGUUUUCCACGGGAAACCUGUAAGGGUAAAGCAUCAGAAGACGGUGCAGGAUGACCCACAGUCACUCACAAAAUCUCAGGAGGAUGGUGUUUUCAGAAUGAAAGGAAGUAGAAGUGAAAUACGUGGUGCGCAAGAGGUCAAAGAGGAUGGAAAUACAAGAACUGAAGUGCCUAUUGAUCAGAGGCCAGCAGAAGUAGUGAAAGAUGAAGCACUCCUUGGGAUGGAGGACCCCCCACAACUGGAACAGAACACCGAAAGAUAAAAGUUAUCCUGCAUCAGAUCAUUGAAGCUGAGGAAAUGGAUUUAUAUCCAGGCCUCUGUAAUAAGAAACUAAGCCAGUUUGUCAGGGUCACUCACUUCAUCAGUGACGGAGAAUUCUGCAUCUUUCCACUAUCGCAAUACUCUCACUGGUGAUUCAGUUUACGAACAAUUAACAAGGGAUAUCCAUCUACUGUAUUACCUGAUUAAAUACUAAAAAAAUGUGCUGUUAUAUUACUGUGUAAUUUUUUUUAAGAAAACGUGAGUUUGAGAAGAUUUCACUACUUGCAAGUGCCUAGUAUGGAACAUGUUCAGAAAUAUAAAACUUAACAUAUUUGAAUCAUUAAACUCAUUUAUUCAAACAUGGUGUUCAUAUAAUUAUUGUUCGCAUAGUAUUGCAAUCUCCUAUAAUAUACAGGGAGCAAAAAAGAAGGUGUUGCAUUCCAGUGGGCACACAAGACACAAAAAGUGCAAUAUUCUUGUCAUAAGUAACUGAAUUUGUGAUGCACUGUGUAACUGAAGAAGACUGGU